AGAUUAGCCGGCUUGAAAUACACAGAGUAGUUUAUCGGGGUUUCAGUUAAAGAAACAGUUACCUAGUUUUAAAUCUCCUUUUCUUUUUAAAAAAUACUGAAGGAAAAGUGUAAAAAUGGAGGGUCUAAAACCAAAUAGACCAACGCGAUGUACAUGGAAAGCAAAUUCUGCUGAAAUGCCACAUCCAAAACGCAAUAUUCAAAUGGAUCAAAAUAAAAUAUUGCCAAAUAUUUUGGAAGCGAUUGGUCAAACUCCGAUGGUGCGUCUCAACAAAAUUCCAAAAUUACACGGCGUAAAAUGCGAAUUAUUGGUGAAAUGCGAAUUCAUGAAUCCAGGAGGUUCGCUGAAAGAUAGAAUAGCAUAUCGAAUGAUUGAAGAAGCUGAAGAAAAAGGCUUAUUAAAACCAGGUGCCACGAUUAUUGAACCUACGAGUGGAAAUACAGGAAUUGGAUUAGCACUGGCAGCUGCUGUAAAAGGUUAUAAGUGCAUUAUUUUUAUGACUGAAAGAAUGUCAAUUGAAAAACAGUGCCUCAUUCAGGCUCUCGGCAGCGAAGUCGUAAGAAUUCCAAAUACUGCCCUCUGGGAUGGACCAGAUGGAAUUUUUUCAGCAUCUCAAAAGCUGCGAGAAAAAAUCCCCAACAGUGUCAUUCUUGAUCAAUUCACAAAUUGUGCAAAUGCACUAGCUCCCUAUGAACAGACAGCCAAAGAAAUUUGGGAGCAGACCGAGGGAAAAAUAGAUUAUUUUGUAGCUGGUUCUGGAACUGGAGGAACACUUACUGGAAUUGGUCGAAGACUUCGGGAAUUAUCUCCUAAUACUAAGAUAAUUGCAGUUGAUCCAGAAGGUAGUAUUGUCGCAGAACCUCCAGAAUUAAACGAAACUACAGUCACAAGAUGGCAAAUGGAGGGUAUUGGCUAUGUUUUUACUCCUACGAGUCUGGAUAAGAAUGUGAUAAACAAGUGGAUAAAAUCGAACGACUGUGACUCUUUUCGAACAGCUCGAAACCUGAUUCAAGAUGAGGGUUUACUCGUUGGAGGAAGUUCAGGAGCAGUUGUGUCUGCUGCUUUAAAAUUAGCGAAAGAUCUACCUGCAGAUAAGCGAGUUGUGAUUUUAUUACCAGAUGGAAUUCGAAAUUAUAUGACGAAAUUCGUUUCGGAUUAUUGGAUGGAGAUGAAUGGCUUUUUGAGUCCUCCAGAGCCAAUAGAAAGUAACGAAUGGUGGUGGAACCUGCCAGUUUCUAGUAUUUUAAUCAAAUAUCCUACUACUCUUUCCAAAAAAUCAACUUGCAAAGAAGCAAUGCAUAUGCUAAAGGAAAAACAUUUCCGUCAACUUCCUAUCACGAACGUAAAAGACGAGGUCGUAGGAAUGGUAACUCUAAACGAGAUUCUGAGUGACUUAAUUUCUGGAAAAUUGCAGACAAGCGACUGUGUUGAGAAAAUCAUGAAGGAGGAAUUUCGAAAAAUAGAUUUACGAACACCCCUCGGUUUAAUUUCUAGGAUUCUUGAGAAAGAAAAUUAUGCGGUUGUGUUAGAUGAAGAGAAAGAGAACCGAUUCGUCGGAAUUCUUACCCAAAUAGAUUUGAUAGAUUUCAUCGACAAUAGCAAAAGUACUUUUAUAAUUUCCUAAUACAAUUACUGCAAUUAUUUAUUAAUAAGAAAUGUGAUUUUUGUAUGAUUCAAUUAAGAAAAUGAAAUAAAAAUUCAGUCUAAAUAA